AUGCGGGACGCGCUUGUCGCUCAUCCGCUCUCGAAAUCUCAUCCGCGCACCUCGCGCAUCCGCGCUCAUCUCUCAUCCAUACUGGCCCACAAUCCGCGCUCGUCUCUCAUCCGCCGUCGUGUUUGGUGCGGGCUCGUCUCUCACUGCAUGUGUGCGCGCUGUGAAUUCACGAGCGCGCACCUAGACUGCAUGUGCGCUAUGCCGCCUGCAUGUGCGCUAUGCGACUGCAUGGCCGCAAUGCGACUGCAUGUGCGCCAUGCGACUGCAUGUGCGCCAUGCGACUGCAUGUGCGCCAUGCGACUGCGGAAGACUGCAGUCCGCGCGCUCUACAACUGCAUGCGCCUCCACCCCUCUCGCCUUUCCUGGAUCCGCGUUGCUCUCUCCCUCCGUCUCUUCCUCCGCUCUCCCCUCUGCCCCUCCCUCUCCUCCCUGUGCAUGAACGACAGGCUCCAACGUCACAGCGCCCACACGCCGCUCCCCCCACCGGGUCAGCGCCCCCCCCGCUCACCAGGCAGCGCCGCGCGCUCUGCUGGCCGCGCGGACAACACGGGCGAGCAUGCUGCACGCGGAGUUGCCAACGGACGGUGUGCAGCGUUUCUUCAAGUGGAUGCUGCUGCUGCAGAGGUAGAGGGCGAAGCCCUCACUACAGUACAGCACUGUCGCCUGGGAUUAUAG